CGUUGAUGGCUGCGUUGCGGUAGCGCACGCUGUUUUGCCGCGCAUCCGUUGCUCGCCUUGCCUCCGUCAUGGGGAAGCCGCGGCGGAGAAUCGCUCCGGGCUUGAAGGCUUCGGAACAACGAGAAGAAAAGAUUGAGGAACCGGAGCCGGGAGUCCUGUGCGUCACCGAGGAGGCGGACGAUUUCCACGAGCGGCGGCUGGAGGCGGCGGUGCUGGCGGCGCUGGGCAGCGAGGAGGAAGAGGAGGAAGGAGAGGAGGAGGAGGAGGUGCUGGAACUGGAGCUCUCUGAGGAUAAUGAGACCGACGAGGAUGGAGAAGGAAAAAGUGAGGAAGGGAGUGGUGGUGAUGAUGAUGAUGAUGAUGAUGAUGAUGAUGAAGAACUCCUGGACAUGGACAGUGACCUGGAAGAGAAGCGGGGUGCGAGUCAUGAGGGCUCUGGCCUCCCCGAUGAGCUUGCGUGGGGUCAACGAAAGCAGCUCUAUUAUGGCACUGACUACGGCAAGGCUGGUGCUCGUUCCAAAGCUGCCAAGCAGAGCCAGGAGGAAGCUGCAGCUGAGGAGCUGGAGGAAGAGGAGGAGGCCCAGGCCAUUCAGAAACGGCUGGUGGAGAGCUUGGGUGAGGAUGACUAUGGCUUGGAUCUGCUACAAGACUACACCAGGAUAGUGGAACAACCAAGUGAGAAAGAGUCGGGACAGAAAAUUGCCAAAGACUUGCAGUCUCUUUCUAAAAAGGAGCAGCUGAAGUUGUUGAAAAAGGAGUCCCCUGAAUUGCUGGAGCUGAUUCAAGACUUUGAAGCCAAGGUAACUGAACUCAGAGAUGAACUGGAGCCGCUUAUGCAAAUGGUAAGAGAUGGGGCCAUCCCACAGGGAAAAGGCAGCCAGUACUUGCAGACCAAAUACCACCUCUAUUUGAAUUAUUGCUGUAACAUCAGUUUUUACCUGGUGCUGAAAGCAAAAAGGAUUCCAGUCCAUGGACACCCUGUCAUUGAAAGACUUGUAACUUACAGAAACUUAAUCAAUGACUUAGGAAUUGUGGACCAAAAGUUGUCACCGGAGGUUCGCCUGCUCCUUAAUGAAUUCCACAGUAAUGACAGUGAUAGGAUGGUAGGGAGAAAGAAGUCCAUGGUGUUUCGCAGAAACCAAGUUAAUAAAAGCAAACCUAAAACAGUUCAUAAGUUUCCAAAUGGGAAGGCUGCUGAAGAACCUGCAGAUGAUUCAGAUUUAGAUGAGCAGGCUGCUCUGAAUUAUUAUAAGGAGAUGGAAGAAAAAAUAAAACUUAAGAAAAAGAGGAAGCAAGAAGAUGUGGAACAACUGAUUAUGGACGAGGAACUACCAGGUCAAAAGAGAGGUGCAACAUACCAGAUUGUCAAGAAUAAAGGCCUCACACCCAAAAGGAAUAAGAUUAAUCGUAAUCCAAGAGUUAAACAUCGUGAGAAAUUCAGGCGAGCCAAGAUUCGAAGGAAGGGGCAAGUUCGUGAAGUCCGCCGAGAAGAACGAAGAUAUGGAGGGGAACUGUUUGGCAUCCGUGCUGGAGUUAAGAAAAGUAUUAAGCUUAAGUGAUUCUCUUUACAUAAUUUUCUACCGACUGAAAAGGGCAAAGGUGAAUUCAAUAAAUGUUCUUUUUGGAAAAAAUACAAA